AUAAAAGUCGGAAAUUAUUGUAGUUUUGAAGGAAUUGCAAAAAGAAUAGAGCCCCAGGACAUAUGCAAAGGCUAGACAGCGGCAAAAGGUGUUGUUGCUGCUGCUGCCCUGCCGCCUCGCGAUCGAUUGGGUGUUGCAUGCCUAUGUGUGUGUUGCGGCGUGCUCUGGCGUGCCCCAAGUAAAUAAUGUGGAACAUGAUGUGCGACGUAAUGCCCACGAUUUCGGAGGACAGCAUAUCGCAGCGCUCUUCGCAGUUCAGCGGCGAGGAUGCGAAUUUCGAGCAGCUGAUGGUCUCCAUGCUCGAUGAGCGGGACAAGCUGAUGGACAGCCUGCGUGAGGCGCAGGAGCGGCUGGGCGAGACGGAAGGGAAGCUGCGCGAUGUGGAAAAGGAGCGUGAUAGUCUCCAGCGUCAAAUCAAUGCCAAUCUGCCGCAGGAGUUUGCCACACUCACCAAGGAGCUGACACAGGCACGCGAGACCCUGUUGGAGCGCGACGAGGAGAUUGGCGAACUCAAGGCGGAACGCAAUAACACCAGGCUUCUACUGGAGCAUCUGGAGUGCCUGGUGUCCCGGCAUGAGCGCUCCCUCCGCAUGACAGUGGUGAAGCGUCAGGCUGCUGCCCAGAGUGGCGUCUCCAGCGAAGUGGAAGUGCUCAAAGCCCUGAAGUCCCUGUUCGAGCACCACAAGGCGCUGGACGAGAAGGUGCGCGAGCGGCUGCGCCUCUCCAUCGAAAAGAACAAUGUGCUGGAGGAGGAGCUGAAUUCAACCAAAGAGGAGCUGACGCAGUACAAGGCGGGCGGCACGGGUGCGGGACCAGGGAGUGGCUCCGUUCCAGGUGGAGGCACUGAGAAUGGCCUGAAAGAGAAGAUGGCGGGCGGAGGCGUGGGCGGAGCUGGCGGCGGCGUCAAUGGGGACGCCAAUGAGCUCAACGAUUAUGCGGCCAAAACCCACGAGCUGCAGACGAUCAUCGAGAAGCAGACCUCCGAACUGUCGCAAUGGCAGCGACGUGUCUCCGAUUUGAACAACAAAAUCAGCGAACUGGAGGAGAAUAUGUCGCGGGUGCAGAAGGACCACUGCAAGGCGCAGGAUCAGUGCUCCAAGCUGCAGCGUGAUCUGCGCGAGAAUGUGGCCCAAAAGGAGGACCAGGAGGAGCGCAUAACCACGCUGGAGAAGCGCUAUGUGAACGCGCAGCGCGAGUCCACGUCGCUGCAUGAUCUGAACGAGAAAUUGGAGCAGGAACUAAGGCACAAGGAGGCGCAGCUAAAGCUGCACGAGGAAAAGAUCGGAGCCAUUGAGGAGAAACUGGAGCUAUCCGAACAGAAGCUUGCCCAACAUGCCAAACUUCAGCCCGACAUGGAAGAGCAGCUGAAGGCGCGCAUGGAGGCGUUGACUAAGGUAGGAAAUAAGGCUCAAGAGAGACAUGGAUCGGCGGAGGAUCGUAUACGGGGACUGGAAACGAAUCUGGAUGAGAAGACCACGGAGGUUGUAAGACUGAACCAGCGUCUCAAGAUGAACGAGGAGCACAAUCUGCGUCUGUCCUCGACGGUGGACAAGCUGCUGUCCGAGUCCAACGAGCGGCUGCAGGUACAUCUGAAGGAGCGCAUGCACGCCCUGGACGAGAAGAACGCCCUGACGCAGGAGCUGGAGAAGGCGCGCAAGGUGGCCGAAGAGCUGCACCAUGAGAAGAGCGAGAUCAUGAAGGAGCUCUCCAAGACGCGCCUGGAGAUUGAGAACUUUAAGCGGCAGCUGCUGCAGCAGGAGAUCGCCUACAAUAUCCAGCAGACGGAGGCCCUCACCCGGAGCCUGUCGCCCAGCAGCGUGGUCGAUGGCAGCGGACAGUUCUCGCGGAGUGCCUCGCACGCCAGCUUCGAGACGCACUCGCUGCGGCGCCAGAAACAGUCGCGGCUGACGGAGGAGAACGCCCUGGCCCGGUCCAUGGCCGAGCAGGAGUGGGAGAAGCUGCAGCAGGCGGCGCACGCCCACCAGCAGGCCUACGAGCUGGUGACCAGUGCCCAGGACUGUGACGACGCCGAUGUCCUGUAUGCGGCCGCGUCGGCGGACAUGAUGUCGCCAUCGGGACACACGGACGCCCAGACGCUGGCCAUGAUGCUGCAAGAGCAGCUGGAUGCCAUCAACAAUGAGAUACGGCUGAUCCAGGAGGAGAAGCAAUCGACGGAGGCGCGAGCCGAGGAGCUGGAAUCGCGGGUCGGCAGCCUGGAGCAUGUGAAUCUGUUGGCCCGCGGACGAUCCAUGGACCGUCAGAGUCCGGAAAUGAGUGGGAGGAGCACUCCGAAUAGCCCUCAAAGGGAUUUCAUGCAGAAAUAUCAUACGCUCAACUUGCCCGUGCUGUCCAGCGAUGCCUCACGCGAGGAACUCCAUGGGGGGAUGUCCACCACUGGCGAUUCGAGCUCUGGCGGCGCUGCAUCACCAUUGACGGCCCGUUCGAUGCGCUUGGAGCGUGUGGCGCAGGCCCUGGCCCACAGUCAGGAGGAGCUGCGUCGUCGCUCGAUUGGAUUGAACCCGAAUGCGCCCGUUUCCCAGAACCACAACCACAUGGCCAUGAGCACUCACGGCAGCUACGGCCUGUCGCCUCUGAGCUCGCGCUACGGCAGUCAGGAGUCGCUCCGCCACUACAACACCAUGGGCUCCAUGUCCAUGCUGCAGACACCCACCUCGGGUGUGUCCAGAGAGGCCGCCGCUGCGGCGGUGCAAAAGAAAAAGGGCAUCAAGUCCUCGCUGGGGCGUUUCUUUAGCAAAAAGGAAAAGGUCAAGGGCGUCAAGGACACGCUGCCCGAUGGCUCGCCCAGCAUGAUGUCCAUCGGCAAUCUGUCGAUCGGCCUGAGCGAAGUGGACUCCAACUACGAUGCCAUGAGCAUGACGGGAGGCAUGAUGCCGCGGAUUGCCAGUGCGCAGGGAUCAAAGAUCAGCAGCGUCGACUACGGCAGGCAGAAAAAAGAGCACGACUAUCGCAACGAUUUGUUGGGUGAGGCCAUGAAGGCGGGCACACCGUUUGCCCUGUGGAAUGGUCCCACAAUUGUGGCCUGGCUAGAGCUUUGGGUGGGCAUGCCCGCCUGGUAUGUGGCCGCCUGUCGCGCCAAUGUCAAAUCGGGUGCCAUUAUGAGUGCCCUCAGCGAUACGGAAAUACAGCGGGAGAUUGGCAUUAGCAAUCCUCUGCACAGGCUCAAAUUGCGUUUGGCCAUACAGGAAAUGGUUUCACUGACCUCUCCCUCGGCGCCACAAACCUCCAGAACCACAUUGGCAUUUGGCGACAUGAAUCACGAGUGGAUUGGCAACUACUGGCUGCCCGGACUGGGUCUGCCGCAAUAUCGCACAACAUUUAUGGAGUGUCUAGUGGAUGCCCGCAUGCUGGACCAUCUGACCAAAAAGGACUUGCGCGGCCAGCUGAAAAUGGUGGACAGCUUUCAUCGCACCAGCCUACAGUAUGGCAUCUCAAUGCUCAAGCGCUUGAAUUACGAUCGCACCGAACUGGAGCACAGGCGAAAGAUGAGCGAGAAUGGACUGUGCGAUGUGCUGGUGUGGAGCAAUGAACGCGUCAUACGCUGGGUGGGCAGCAUAGGACUUAAAGAAUAUGCCAACAAUCUGCUCGAAUCGGGUGUGCAUGGGGCACUGAUGGCCCUGGAUGAGGGCUUCGAUGCCACUGCCAUGGGACUGGCCCUACAGAUACCCACACAAAAUGCUCAGGCUCGCCAAAUACUCGAUACGGAGUUCAAUAAUCUACUGCAAAUAGCCACAGAUCGGAGGCCGGAGAACGAGCAGCGAAGCGCAUCCUGAUGCAGCUACAGUCCGCCCACAACAUCGGUGGAUGAGUAAUUCAGCGAAAGCAGACCCAAGCAGGCACUACAAAAAAAGACCAGGGGCAAAAGACCUUUUUCCUAAGCCAGAACUAGAAAUGAGAGACAGAUAUGAAAUGUUAGCAUCAACUAAAAGCCACAAAAAAAAUUCUAACAAGAAAGACGCAACGCAAGAGACUCCCCCGCAGCAUGAUGCACGUCUAAUCCAUAUAUAUAUAUAUCUAUAUAUAUAUAUAUACAUAUAUAAAUACACGCA